UUCAACAGUUUGGCAAUGAUGUGCCGCAGUCGAGGCAGGUGUCCCCCGUAUUCCUCCUAUCGACGCCUUUGUUUAUAAAAGUUUAUUUCCCCUAGAGUGAGUGUUUAUCAAUGUUAAAUUGUGUUUUCACCAGGUUUUCUACUUACGAGAAGUCGGUCGUCUUGUGUACAAGUGCAAUCGCGUAUUUUAGUAUGGAACUCACGAGCUCUCCGUCCCGACAUUGCGAUUCCGAUGUUGUUUCUGGUCGUUCGCCAUAAAGAUUGUCUGGCAGCUCUUCCUCUGAAACUGAGCAUUGCGGUGAGCCAUUUCCUUGGCGUGGAACAACUGUCGAUCCUCCCCUGUUGAAGGAAGUGGACUGAUCGCAGAGUAGUUGUUUGUAAACAAGGUGAGCCCCCUCCAAGAUCACAAGCACAAUGAACUUCUCACCAUUCGGAAGUCAUUUUUCAGCCGCCAUACCUGGCAUCCACCAGUUUGCAGCUAAAUUUAGUCAUGAUAGCAGUUCUGGAACGAGCAACAGCAGUACAGUGAAUGGAAUUUCACACACUAAUGGUCAUCUAAAUGUUGAUGAAGGUAUGUUGAAUAGUGGUAAUAGGUAUACGCCGGUAAGUUCUAGUGGACAUUUUACGCUCAACCAACAAGCAAUGAGUUCCAAGUACCAUCGCGAUGUUGGAUCGCAAAUGGUAAGCACAGGCACAUCAUCUGCAAAUUCAAAGUAUCAAAAUGAAAGUAAUGUUUCCACAGUCCAUCACUAUGCUGUACCCUAUGGCAAUAAUCCUCACAUCUCUGAAAACCGUACCUCUCAAGGAGACAUGAAACGGACUCUUCCAUCUUACCCGAAUAAUCAAGAACAGCUUACAAAUCAGCAAAUAAGUCCUAUUAAACGAGAAAACUUAAAAGAAGAAGACUAUUCAUCAGUGUUGCAGCAUCAGCAACCAACCAUGCCCCCCUCUUGGCAGAGUAUUGCAGCACCUGGCUCAACUGUUGCUGAUUACUUAUCUCACUUACCUGCUUCAACUUUACCAAUAUCAUUACAUCACUUUUUGAAAUACUCUGCAGAAAAUAUGAAGAAAGAGCCUGAAAUAGGCGAUCAUCAGAAUACUGAUGGCAUGGGUGACCAGGGACAUUUAGGACCAAAGAAGAAAAAGAAAAAGAAAGCGGCCAAAGAGAAAAAACCUCGCCCAAAACCUGGUGAAAUUCGUCUAACGACCGCUCUUGACGGAUCAACCUUGUACUGUUGUCCGGAAUGUCACAUGGCAUACCCAGACAAAGCACUGCUAGAGCAGCAUUUAUUAGGUCACACGAUGGAACGUAGAUUUUUCUGUGAUAUCUGUGGUGCAGGCUUAAAGCGCAAAGAUCAUUUAACACGUCAUAAACAAAGCCACAAUCCAGAUCGUCCAUUUGUUUGCACGGUUUGCAUGAAAGCUUUCAAACGUAAGGAGCAGUUAACUCUUCAUUUUGUAAUCCAUUCAGGGGAAAAGAGACAUGUUUGUCCUGAGUGUGGCAAAGGUUUCUAUCGGAAAGAUCAUUUGCGUAAGCAUACAAGGAGUCAUAUUGCACGGCGAGUAAAAGCAGAACUCUCUCAACAUAUACCAACGCAAAAUCAUGUAGGAACUGAUCCCAUGUCUUGAGGUAUGGCCGUUCGGAGCAACGGAGGACCGAGUGCUCACUCAAAUUUUGCUCCUGACAUGAUGGCUUUUGUAUCUGUAGCCAAAGAUGCUUUUUAAUUUUGACCAGUAUUUAUUUCUUCUUAGAUGGUUUUUCAAAUCAACAGUCAUUUCUCAGAUUCCCCAAUUUCCCCGCCAUGAAUUCUGUCACCGAUUUUUACAUUCAGUCAGUUUACAUGUGGACUUCUCCUUUUAGCUAAUGGGGAUUAAUGACUGAUGAGCAUGCUCAUAGUAGCAGCUUGUGAAUAUGUUCAUUAGGGAGGCACUCUUUUCUCUUUGCGAAGCUGCUCCUGCAUGUUCAGUUGGUCAACUGAACCUCUAAAAGCUCACAAAAGUGGAAACUUUUCCAAUGGCCACUCCUGGAGAUGACCCCCGUUUUUUCCUUUUAAGAAAUGAUACUGUAACGAUAACUUUCGCUCAUUCAGUGACUUAAGGUGAUUGUAAUUUGUAAGAAUAUUUAUCGGCAUGACAUUAAAGUUGUUGGUCCUCUUCAAAGGACCGAACAAGUGAUUGAGAUAUUGUCAGAUUUACUUGAGCUAAUUCUCUGGAAGUUUUCUCCAGAAGUUCUCAGUAAGAAUACUGGAAAGUGCACAAACUUGGGGCUCAUUGUCAAAGGCAGAGAAAAUUUUAAAAGCAUUAUUCCAAGUUUUCUCUAACUUUCCGCCGUAUCCUCAAAUUAUCAGGUUGCAAAAAUAUAAAAUCUGUUUUCAGAAUCCUGCAUAAGUUCAGAAGGGAAAAGCUCUCUACACCCUUGCUAAAUUGAUAGACUGUGUUUAUCAAUAAUUCAUUUCCGCAGUUUUUAUGUUUUUGGCUGUGUGGGAUCAGUAUGAAAGUGGUUUAAUAACAAUUGCGUAGGAGAUUUUGAGAAAAAAGAUCAUACAACGAAUUUUUCAUCUAAAACUAGCAGUUGCUAGCAGCAUGCUAACAAACUAGCAUUAAGGUCAUGAACUAAGAAAGUUCUCGUUACAUUAUCUCUAAGACCCUUUCUCAAUCAAGUAGUUAAAUCCUGAGAAUUGCUUUAUCAGCUGAAUUUGACCAGAUGAGCUUACUUCUGUAAUUUUUAAAGCUGAUAAUUUUUAUGAAUGGAGGCCUUUCAUAAACUUCAGCCUAAUGUGAAUCUAGGCAUUUUUUUCUUUGAUGUGUAUUUAAGUUGUAUUGAUUUAUGACUCAUUUUAAAUUUUACUCAGGUUUUUACCCAAAAUUUACAUCCACAAGAAGUAUAUAUUUGUCUUAAAAGGGUAUUUUGAAAUUCUGAAGUAAAAUUAGGGCAUCAGUAUUGCAGGUAAAAACUCAGCUGUUCGAUUGAUAGCCUUUACCAAUGAACGAAAUUCUUUGAAACUUAAAGAAACUCUUGAAACGUCUUAAAUUGAAAGUCUGAUUAAAAAAGAAACAAACAACAGUGUAUUUCCUUUGAUAAAUACACCAAAAUGCCUAAUCUCACAGUUUUGGAAUAGCUUUUGUGAAUCAUCUGGAAAGAAAUAACUGGAUCAGUUAAAUAGUUCUUUUACAAGAGGAGGAACAAUCAUAAUAAUUCCAUCGAAUCUUGAAAUAAACCUAACUUUGCAUAAAAAAUUUACUUUAUUAUAUCAGAUUUAAAGUAUGUAAAGUCUAUUUUGUAUUUUUAUUUUUUCAACCUGAACUACUUAGAUUUCAGAAUUUGUUUAUCGGCUGUUGACUUUUUAUGUAUGCAGCAAAGUUUGUGUAUUUUUUAAUGGCAGAAAGGUAUUUUUUUGUAAGUACAUAUGAUGCAAUUUGUUCCUGGCCAAGGAAGUGGCAGUUUGGAUGUGACACAGUUUAAUUUUUUUACUGUAAAAAUGAAAAUUGGGCAUAAAGAAAUACUCUCAUCAAUUGAGCUUUUACCUUUUGUUUCUGAUAUCGAACAGUUUUAGGCCGACUGCUCUCAGUAUUUGUUUUUUCUCUUUCAAAUUUUUCCGUGUUUAUUUUCAUUUUAAAAAUUUUGCUUUUGCUGACCAAGUUCACACUUAAAUCGAUCCUCUCCACUAACUAGGAGAACAAAACCUUAAUCCACACAAAAUUGAAAAAAAAAAUUAGGUACUGAUAUCACCUAGAGUCGUUUAUAUUGCAUGCAUUUUAAUGAGACCUCAGAAACAGAUGUUUUCAUCUUCAUUACAUUUACCAGAGAAAAUCUCCUUCUUUUCAUAAUUUUUCACGGAGCUGUCCCAUCCUCUUCAAGUGCACUAUCAAUAACGCCCUUGUAACAUAUCCUCCUAACAUUCUUCCAUCUAUUUUACAUGUUACACAAAAAAUUGUUGGAAACAAAUAAAGACUUUUUUUAAGGAAUUACGGAGACAAGAGGAAAAUUAGAAAUCUGAAUCUCGUAGCAAAUGUUCUUGGUCGCAGAAUUUUUAUAGGUGUUAUCAACAUCAGUGUAGGAGCUCUGAUCGGAAAAUUUCUUAAUCACCCUUUUUUCGUAUCUAUCUAAAGACAGUUCAUUUUUUCUAAAAUAUUUUUAACUAUUGUUUUAUUUCUGAUGAAAUUUUAAGUUAAUUCAUUUUUCAUUGCUAUACCCGGUGCGAAUUGCUCAAGAAAUGAAUAGUUUCUUGGCUUUUUUGUUCUAGUCUGCAUAAGCCCUAAAUACCGCAAUUGAUGAAUACUUUUUUAUAUUCUCUCUGUAAUAUUUGCACACUUCGCUUGUACAGCUUGUCUACCAACUUUUCAAUUUUUCGUUGUGUAAAUAUUUUUAUCUUGUUCAACUGUUAGUUUUAAUUUACGGAACUGAAAACUAAUUUUUAUCAUUUCUCAUGAAACCCUUUGAAUCUCAUAUUUUGUUUAAGCAUCUCUAGAAAAACAAAAUAUUUACUGCUUAUGAAUAAAUGUUACGGCUCGAUUUUGGACAACUGAAUCUUCAAUGUCAGAAAGUUGUCAAUUUUUCUUUUUACUGGCCCAAAGGUACAAUGACAUUUUGAUACCACUUUCAUAUUCUGUCUACAUCUCUGGUUGAAAGGCCUUAGCAAAAAUGAAGUCAUAUCAUUUUGUUGAUAAAGCAAUCAGUAAAUUCUGCAAAAGGUUCUGUUAGGGAAAAACUAAUUUUUCACUGACCAGAAGUCAUUUGUUUCUCAGUGAUUAUCUAAUUUUUCUCCGUGGCGUUUGGAGUGUUAAUUCUUUUAUUAUCAUUCAAGAGUCUGUUGAAUUCAUAUAGUGUUUAUCCGUCUAAAUCAGUCCAAUUUAAACAAUCCAUAUUGUAAAAGGGUUCUUAGUAGAGUCCACGCCAAAUAAGUUUAUGUACUUUAAACCGCGACAGAGGAUCAACCAUCUUAAUUCUUCCAUUUACUUGACCCGUAAAGGUGACAUCAGACGAUUUUCUGUUGCAGUCUAGAAGUGCUCAAACUUAUUUGGCAUGAAAAAUAUCUAUUAAAAACUUAUUGGUGCACUUUUUAAAACUGAGAAACAUUUAUAAAAAUUCAACCAAGCAGAGUAGUGUUUCGGAGAUCCUUAAAUCAACGCAAGCAAUGUUGUGUGCUCAAAUAACCCUCCUUUUUUCUACCAUUUAUAAAUGUAUUAGCGGUAAAAAAAGUUUUAGGCUGAUUUAGCUUUAGCUGAUUUUGCCGAAUUUUGUUCAAUAACUGAACUUUGAAUAUACACCUCUCAAUGGCAGCUUUUUAAAUUUCCAGCUUCCUCUUAAUUUUAAAUUUCUUUCAAGACAAGUAAACCAACUUAAUUGCUUGAAAUUAUCGCAUAGGAUUUUUUGAAUGAAGAAAAAGAACAGAAAUUCUCAAGCAAAGAUGACGAUUAGCUUUUCUCCAGUCUUAAAUUCAAACAUACUUCGAGUUUCACCAACAGUGCAUUUGAAACUAAUUUACCUUAAAUGGAUGUUACACCACAAAUUUUACAGUUUUUCUGUUUGUUUAGUGUUUUUACUGGUCACCGAUGAUGUGAAGAUUUGUGAAAUAUUAGUGAUCUUUUUUUAUUCUAUCGAAGCAUAAUACCUUUCUCAUUACUAUUUCUACGCACCAACUUUUGGAUUAGUAAUACCCUCUAACUCUCAGACAAAAUCUAUGAUCAAACCAUCAAUCAUUUGAUCAAGUAAAUUUAGAAUCCUUCAGUUGUGUGAAAUAAAAGCAAAAUCGAAGACUUACCCAUUUGAGUAUAAAUUGUUGUCAACAAAUGGCGCAUUGAGAGUUUCCUAUCCAUAAUCUUUCAUUUCAAUCAAUCCUAUGCAAUCCUACGAUUUUUAGGAAUAUUAACCAAAAAUCCUGUCCUUUGUGUUAACUUCCGUUGUUUUAAGCUGGGUAUCUACUUGAACAUUUUCAAUGCAUGAGCAGCACCCAAUGCACAGUUUGAACUCGUCUUUCAUUCUUGUUGCGCCACUCAGCAUGAGCUGCAUCUUUUUCGUGAGUGCUCGUCCUAUGCGCAAUGAGUAUUGGACUUUGGUUAGUUGGGAGAAGUCAACCGUACCUGAUUUGCGCUGAUAAUAAAGAUAAGCUAUGCAUAGCUCAGAAACUAAUGAAUUCGCCGAAUAAUGUAGGAAGCUUUUGAUGCUGUUCUGCUCGUGUGGGACGAGCUUUCAAGUUGUACAUGAAGAUGUAGCCACUAGGCGCACACCUUGUUUGGCUCAUGCAUCAGAAAUGCUCAAGUGAGCACCGAGCUCAAAGAGAACCUUAACCUUUUUUAAUCACAGCAGAAGCCUCAAUUUUUUAUCGUUACAGUUUAUUAUAACUAUUCAACUACCGAUUUUAACCUACAAUAAUGAAACAAUAACAAAAAUAAAAAAAGACAGUAUUCAAUUGAAAGUAUGUACAACAAAAAUAGUACAAGUUUUGUAAGAAAAUAUUAACCUAUUUUUAUGUAGAAUUUAUCACUGUAAAUUUGUUUGGAGAUUGUAUUUAUAAUCUGAUAUUUUAAGAAGAGUUGGAAUAGUUGCUGACAUGAAGCUGGAUAAAUACUCCAAUUUAAUGAGGAGGAUAAGUUGUCCUGAUUAGUGUUAACUUGUUCUCAAAGUUUACAAGUACUGUGUUUAAAAUUGUACAUGUUUGAAAUUUUGUCUUUUCUACAUAUUUUACCAUUUAUACCAAGUAGUAUACUUCUAUCUGUUUGUAUUUGUUAGUGAUGUGUUGUAUGCAUUGACUGUGUUUAUUUUUCUAGGGUUUUUUUGUCUCAAAAGAAUUAUCUUUCUGUCUCUCUCUGUUAAGUUGAGUCAAAUCACAUUUUUAGCUUCUAAGAUUCGCCAUUAAUUGACCAAGAACCAAUAGAAAACUGGUCUGCAAGUGUCUUAGUGACUAAUUUCAUGGGUACCUGAGAAAGUUUUUGAAGGUAUUCAGAAAUUAAGGGCUUUCUGUUGAUAGGAAAUAAAUCUCUGCUAUGUUUAAUUAGUCACAAAUGCAGUCCUAAACUCAUCUAAUGCACUUCACAACUUUUGUUCUGAGCUCUAAAUGAAGUCUUCCGGUUAAGCCGAAGAAGCUAUCAAAAGAAAUCAACAUUUUGGUAAACAUGAAAAAACCACCCCCUCUCCUCCCGAUAAAACACAAAAAAAUGUUUUGGCUCCAAGAGCACGGUAAAAUCUACACUAUUUUACUUUGUGGAAGCUUGUUAGUUGCAGCUCGCCUUUUUAGCUUGUAAGGUUACGCUUUAAAAUUCUUUUUGCAUUCACUGCUCUCAAACUCAUUUAUUUAAGUACCAAUCAUUUUAAGUUUUUCACUUAGUUUUUUGUGAGCUUAAGUAACAUGGCUUCUAAAGUUUCAUUUUAGAAGUGUAACUCAAAUAUUUUUUCUGCACCUCCAUUGACUUUUAUUGCAUUUGUGAAUUGCUGGGUCAGUAUACUCAUCAGUUGUAAGACUUUUUGUAAUAUUUUCAUUUUAGUUUGUGUUCUUAGCUUCAAGGUUCAUCAACUGCUAUUGCAGUCUGUAACUCAUCGAUUGUCUUGUGGUCAUGAGCUCUUAUUUUUUUCCAGACCAAGAAAACAAUGAUAAACUAGGAUUUUGAUGAAAAGUGUACUCGAAGGGGCUUUCUUGUUAUGAUUAAUGAUGAUUGAUGCUCUGUGUCUACUAGUCUGUUAUUUUCAUAUGAAAGGGGAUUUGUAUUGACAUACAUGCAAAACUAUGGCGAUGGUAACUGUAAAAAGUGAUAACGUUUUAGAUCACUCUUUAUCAAAAUCCUAAAAGUGCAUUAUCUUGAAGAGACAAAACUACGUAAUCAACAUUUUAGGCAAAUGUAAGUGAGCU